UGGCCUUAAACUUUGGACUCCCUCAUGGCCAUGAUCUAUGUCUGUCAAACCAUGAGGAGACCCUUGCCACCAAGCUGCCCCAUUUGACACCAUAUGCAAACAAGGAAUCUCAUAAAAAAGGUGCCUUGUUAUUGGUUUCUCUCUCUUUCUCUCUCACAAUCCACUAAGCUCUCACACUAUUCUAAAUCUCAAUCCACAAAUCCUUGUUUUUCUUGGAAUCUUUUCUCCCACUCAGCCUCAUUCUCUCCUCUUCUAAGCCCACUCAGGGUGCACUAAACCUCUCCUUUUUGGCAACUCUUAAGAAAAGUUCACAUCUUGGAGAGCUUUUCUCUUGGUAUUAGGCGUCCAUUAUGAGGAUAAUAACUGUUCCUUUGUGUUGUGGUCUUUGGUCACCACGCAAGUUUGGGUUUUUCUUGCUUGACAUGCUGGUUUGAUGGUGUUGUCUGAUGCAAAAUCCAAUCUUGGUUUUUUGAUAUAUGGGAUGGCUUAGGUUUUUCCCCUCUGGCUUUUCCCAUCUCUGUGGUUUGUGAGGGUUCUUUGUCUAUGAAGGUGGUGGUGUUUGGUUUGAGAUCUUGGUGCUGAGAUGGGGAGGUUUCUGAAGUUUGUGGUUCAGUGGGCUCUUUGCUCUGCUAUUGUUCUUCUGGCCGUUCUGGGAUCUAAAGGAUCGGUAGUGCCUCUAAUAAGGGAGCUCUCUAAACCAUCACACAAACUACUAUUUGCUCGAAGGACAACACUAUCUCUAUCUGAUAAUGAUGGGGACAUGAAACUUCGGCCUUCGCAAAUGCUUGCUCCUAUGGGGAUUGAUGUACCUCCUUUGCCUGCAAUCUCUUCCGCACCUGCACCUAAUAGUGUCCGAGCUUCAAGUCCUACAAACCUUAUAAACUCCCAAAAUGCAUCUGCACCUAGUCCUGUAAUUCACCACACAGGAUUUUCCGCACAUGCUCCAAGCCUAUCGCCACCAAAGUUUGAGGAUACUCCCCCUCCUAUUCAUUGGCCAAGACCAAUAUCUCCAUCAGUAGAAAGCCAAGCACCUAAUAUUCCUGUGAGAUCAGGCCAUGAUAUUUCACCUUCCUCUGCAAUCCCACCUUCGGCUCCCAUUAGAGAAGGGAUGCCCAAGGGUGGAGUUCAUGGAGAAGCACCUAUUAAUCAUGCUUCAGUCACCUCGCCCCGUGCUCCAGUUUCAUCACCUCCGGAAAAGGUUCCCAGUCAUCCACCCAAUAUGCAGCCAAUUAGUGCAGCGAUAUCUCCAUCCACAACCAAGCAUGCUCCUCAUGCAAUAGAUAGUCCAGCAGCUCCUCCAUCAACGAACUCUUCCCCUACUAUCCACCAGAAAAACCAUGGUGCACCGCUUGUGGCACCUUCCCCUGUAGAUGAUCCUGAUGUAAAAGAUCACUCUCCUGUUUUAAGCCCACUACCUCAAGCUGAGACACCUUCAAAUGUUAUACAAACCCCUUCAUUGCCGCAGUCCCAUCCUCCACAAGGACCAAUACUUCACAGUCCUACACCUGCACCUCCAGUUCCAAUUCAUCCAAGAAAUUAUAGCAAGAGAGCUGGUCACCAUUUGCAAACACCUCCUAGUGCUCCUUCGAAUUCACAUCCUAAAACGCCUCCAGAAAAGAUUCAUCACAGCCCUGCAUCUGCCCCUACAAUUCCUGCAGAUGGACUUUCUGUUCCAUCUCCAUCUCCUUUUUCAUCGUCAUCAUCGUCAUCAUCACACAAUUCAGGUCCUGUUAUCUCCCCAGCUCCAUUGCAUCCUCCAGAUGUGUUCACAAACCAUAGGCACAAGCAUUAUCGGCCAACCCCUCCAGCUCAAGUUCCAAAUUCCCCUAUACAAGCACCACUUUCACCGGGAGACAGUGGAGAAGCCCCUGCACCUUCACCAAGUUCAACAGUACCAUCUAGUCAGGAAGGAAGGCCGAACCAUUCCCCUGCACCUUCCCCUACUAACCCUUUUCCCAAGAAGCCCCCACAAGCACCACUUUCACCGGGAGACGGUGGAGAAGCCCCUGUACCUUCACCAACUUCAAUGGUACCAUCUAGUCAAGAAGGAAGGCUGAAUCAUUCCCCUGCACCAUCCCCUACUAACUCUAUUCCCAAGAAGCCAAUUGCACCACAGUUGCCGCCUUUACAAGCAUUGCCUCCUCCACCCCCCAAUUCAGAUUGCUCCCCUUUGACAUGCACAGACCCAUUAACAAAUAGCUUGCCCGGUUCACCAUGUACAUGUGUCUUGCCGAUUAAAGUUGGGCUUCGCCUAAGCAUUGGGUUGUAUGAUUUCUUUCCUGUGGUAUCCAAGCUUGCCCAAGAAAUUUCAUCGGGAAUUUCCAUGAAGCAAAGUCAGGUUCGUAUCAUGGGAGCAAAUGCUGAUACAGAGGAGCCUGAGAAGAAGACUGUUGUUAUCAUUUAUCUGGUGCCAAAAGGACAGACUUUUGACCACACAAUAGCGUAUCAGACGUAUCUGCGGUUCUGGCAUAAGCAAGUUGUCCUCAGUUCCUCUGAUUUUGGAAACUAUGAUGUAUUGUACGUUGAAUACCCGGGCCUUCCUCCAUCACCACCUAUGGCACCUGCAAAUAUCAAUGCUGAUGGCUCAUUAGCUAACACCAACAAUGCACGAGCGAUAAAACCUCUCGGGGUUGAUAUAAGAAAACCAAAGGAGAAUAUCAGUAAAAGCUUGAUUGCUAUUAUAGUACUCUCAUCUGUUAUAGCGCUGAUUCUUUGUGUUGGAGCGGCAUGGUUUUUAUUGCUAAAAUGUAGAAAGCAUGCUCAACCGACAUCACAACCUCCACAACCUUUGCUUCCUUCCUUUGCAAAGUCUGCAGGGCCUGGGCCUGUAAUAUAUGGAAGUCGGCCUAGCUCAGCGUCAGGGUCCUUUGGUUCCAGUGUUGCAACAUACACAGGAUCGGCGAAAACCUUUAGUCUAAUUGAGAUAGAAAGAGCUACUAACAAGUUUGAUGAUUCGAGAAUAAUUGGCGAAGGUGGUUUUGGGCGUGUCUAUCAAGGUACUUUUCAAGAUGGUACUCGGGUGGCUGUAAAGGUUUUGAAGAGGGAUGAUCAGCAAGGCGGGCGAGAAUUUUUGGCCGAGGUUGAGAUGCUUAGCCGUUUGCAUCAUCGGAACUUGGUCAAGUUGAUUGGUAUAUGCACCGAAGAGCAUCUCCGUUGUCUAGUCUAUGAACUCAUUCCUAAUGGCAGUGUCGAAUCACAUUUGCAUGGAGUGGACAAGGAAUCUGCGCCACUUGAUUGGAAUGCUCGAAUGAAGAUAGCACUCGGUGCUGCUCGUGGUCUAGCCUAUCUGCAUGAAGAUUCAAGCCCUCGUGUCAUUCAUCGGGAUUUUAAAUCAAGCAACAUAUUAUUGGAGCAUGAUUUUACUCCAAAGGUUUCAGAUUUUGGCCUUGCCCGGACGGCAUUGGAAGAGGGUAAUGAGCACAUUUCAACCCGUGUCAUGGGAACUUUUGGUUAUGUAGCUCCUGAAUACGCGAUGACGGGGCAUCUUCUUGUCAAGAGUGAUGUUUACAGCUACGGGGUUGUCCUUCUUGAGCUUCUAACAGGAAGGAAACCGGUAGAUAUGUCACAACCUCCCGGGCAAGAAAAUUUAGUCUCAUGGGCUCGUCCGCUCCUCACAAGCAAGGAAGGUUUGGAGACGAUCAUAGACCUGUCCUUAGGCACAGAUGUACCCUUCGACAGUGUGGCAAAAGUAGCGGCAAUCGCUUCAAUGUGUGUUCAACCUGAGGUUUCUCAUCGUCCGUUUAUGGGUGAGGUAGUGCAAGCUCUAAAACUAGUGUGUAAUGAGGGAGAUGAAUACGGAGCAUCAGGAAGUUGCAGCCAGGAGGUUUUAUCAGCUCAUGAAACUGAACUUAGGAUAAGUGCAGGAUUGGGUCUGGAAGCCGAAAGAGUGUUAUCAGCAUCUGAUGUCUUCAGUACAUCGGCGAGGUUUACCAGAGAGGGUUCGGGUUCCUUUCGCCGGCAUUCAAGCUCAGGUCCGCUGAGGCCUGGUAGAGGCAGGCAGUUUUGGCAGAGGUUGAGAGGUUUAUCGAAAGGUAGCAUGAGUGACCAUGCAGUUGCACUCCGAUACGUAUCGGGACCAGAGGAGGGUAUUGGACAGUGGCCUUGAAGGAAUCAAGCACUCGAACAGUCACAUUUGAGCUCAGGUGAGCACUGAGCACGAUUGAGGUGCGAGAAGGUUGAGAGAAUGUCGAUGAAUAAGGAAGAUGGAGAAGUUUUUCAAGGGAAGGAUUGAAGGUGAUUGUUAACUGUGUUCUUUUGUUGGUUCUCAGAAUAAGAUUCUUCCCUAAAUGAAGCUUCAUUGGUUCUGUUUGUUCUUCUCUCUCAAUCUCUCUGAAGCAUCUGAGCAAAUGAUUUUGUCUCUUGGAAUGCAUUCAAAGAUGUAAAUUAAAUUCCUGGCAAUCCGAGUUCUUGUGUUUAUAAAUUGGAAUGUUGUGUUUUCUUUUUGUUUAUCCUUUUUUUUGGUAAAGAUGGAGUGAGAAGACACAGGAGGAUCUUGAUGCAAUUUUUUGGGGUACAAAAGCUCCAAAACAUUAGUAUUGUUCAAUCAGUUUCUCCAUUUUAAAUCUUGCAGUAUAAUUGCUAAUUGAGCCAGAUUCAAA